AUGGCGACGACUCAGAGCCAACCCGCGGGGCAUCCGCACAACCACAUGGACAACCACAUCAAUGACGACUCGGCAGACAUUGCUGGCGAGUCCGACGGUCUGGCCAACGAGAUGUCCGGGCUCACGAUCACGGACCGAAACCGGCCCCGUCGUCUGCCUCGCCCGGACCUGACUCACUACCCCUCCGACCGUCCGUUCUCCCCCCGUGGCCCCAGUCCCACCGGCUCCGUUCGGAGCUCCUACACGACCCGCCGCCGCGUAAGCCGCACGUCGUGGAGCGCCGGCGGCGGCAGCUUCUCCUCUGCCCACCGCUCCGAGGUGUCGAAGGAGCUCACGUCCCAGGCCGAGGGGGAGUUCUUCGCGCUGACGGAGCUCAUGGCGAGCAUGUCGAGACGCAGCCUCUCCCUGAGGGAGGUCUGGAGCAAGAUCAUCGCCGAGCGCGAGGCGGCCUACGCCGAGAUGGACCGCAUGUGCGAGCGCUACGAGGAGUUGACCGAGGUCAUCGAGCAGAAAGAAAAGGAGCACAGCCACCACAACCACGACCAGGAGGAGCGCAAGCAGGAGCUCGUCAAGGUGCGCUUCGAGCUUACGGCGGCCAUCAACAGCGCCUCCGACUUCAAGCUGAAGCUGGCGGAGCGCGACACCGAGUGCAAGUCCCUCCGCCACGAGGUGGCCGAGACCAAGGACAGCCUCACGUACAUCCGCAAGGAGCACGAGGAGCUGAAGAAGACGUCGGAGCAGAUGCGUCUGACGCUUGUCGCCACCGAGGCCGCCCGCGCCGACCUCGAUGAGAAGUGCGGCCGGCUGCGCGGGGAGCGCGAGGCGCUCGACCUCAAGUACACCGACCUGCAGUCGCGGCACGAGGAGGUUAACACCCACUUCGAGUCGACCAACAAGGAGCUCGUGCAGUACAGGCAGACCAACGCGCUGCUCAAGAAGGAGAAGCACGAGCUGCUUCACCGAGAGGGCGAGCUCGAGGACGGCCUGCGCAAGUGGGAGCACAGGCACGACGAGAUCCGACGCAAGUACAAAGAGAUCGAGGAGCUCUACGAGAAGCGCAAGCACGAGGUCAAGGAGCUCCACGAGACGGUCACGCGCGUCAAGACGGAGAAGGAGGAGGCCGUCACGCGGAUCCGGCACGAGAAGGAGGAGCUCGAGCAGCACAUCGAGCGGCUCAAGCGCGAGAUCGAGGACGAGCACGGCCGGUGCGAGGACGCCGAGGACCGCUGCGGCAAGUGGAAGCUCAAGUGGGAGCACGCGGAGCGCGAGAUUGUCUCGGUGCGCGAGGAGAUCUCGCGCGUCGAGAUUACGCAGACGGAGUUGCGCGAGACCGUCUCCAAGAAGACGGAGGAGCUGCGCGUGCUCGUCAUCGAGAAGAAGCGCAUCCAAGAGGAAGGCGAGCGCGCCGCCGGCCGCGCCGACGACAACCACCGCCAGCUGCUCCUGGUCCAGGAGACGCUCAGCCACACCGAGUCGCUGCUGAAGAAGACGCAAGAAGAGAUCCACACCAAGACGGAGCGCAUCGAGCGUCUCGAGCUCGACUACGGUCUCGCGCGGGGCCAGGUCGAGAAGCUUGAGGCGGAGAUUCACAGCCACCAGUCCAUCGUGGCCAGCCUGCGGAUCGAGGUCGAGGACCUCGGCGGGCAGUGCGGCGUGCUCAAGGAGAAGUGCCACGACUGGGAGCGCAAGUACGAGGAUGUGUACGAGAGCAUCACGGAGAUUGAGGAGGGCAGCUCGAGCUACGAGUUCGAGAUCUCGGCGAUGCGGACGAUGCUGCGCGAGGCGCGCGAGCAGAAGGAGACGGCCAUCACGGCGCGUAACGGGGCGGACCGCGAGCGCGACGAGGCGGUGGCGCGGUACGAGGAGAAGUGCCGCGAGCUCGAGAGGCUCGAGGAGCGCAUGAGCGCCCAGAUGCAUGAGAUGAGCCAGCGCUCCGGCAGCAAGACGGUCACGACGACGCGCUCGUACAAGGGCGGCAGCCACCGCGUGACGAGCGGCGCCUCGAGCCCGUCGGACGAUUGCUGA